GGACAGGGAGAAGAUACUUUGAGGGACUUGACUCUCCUCUUAGUGUGCUCCACUGCUCUGCCAAUUCUCUCUCUCUCUGUUCUCCUUUUUCUCUGGGAAUCCUUCCCUUUCAGAAGAAACAAAACCAGCCAUGAGUACCAUGACAAUGAGAUCUUCGAAAACCUCCUUUAGCUCUAGUGGAGGUGGUGGUGGUUUUAGUGGAAGCCGUGUAUCAGUUGGAGGUGGAGGAGGAACAAUAAGACAGGGAUCAUUUACCUCAAGAUCUUCUGCUCCCUCUUUUGGCAGGACUGCAAUUUCAACAGCCAGCUCUUCCAUGAGGUCAGGCAUUGGUGGUAGUGCUUAUGGCAGUGGUUUAGGUUAUGGUUUUGGUAGUGGUACCAGCGGCGGUUUUGGUGGUGGUUUUGGUGGUGGUGGUGCCGGUGGCGCUUUUGGUGGUGGUGCCGGUGGCGCUUUUGGUGGUGGUGCCGGUGGCGCUUUUGGUGGUAUGGGUGGUGUUAUUCCUACGAUCACAAACGUCCAAGUCAACCAGAGCCUGCUGGCCCCCCUGAACCUUGAGAUCGACCCCACCAUCCAGACUGUCCGUACCCAAGAGAAAGAGCAGAUCAAGACACUAAACAACCGCUUCGCCAGCUUCAUCGACAAGGUUCGCUUCCUGGAGCAGCAGAACAAAAUGCUAGAGACCAAGUGGAGCCUGCUGCAGGACCAGACCACCACCCGCUCCAACAUUGACGCCAUGUUCGAGGCCUACAUCGCCAACCUGCGCAGACAGCUGGAUGGGCUUGGCAAUGAGAAGAUCAAGCUGGAGGGAGAGCUGAAGAACAUGCAGGGCCUGGUGGAGGACUUCAAGAACAAAUAUGAAGAUGAAAUCAACAAGCGCGCUGCUGUGGAGAAUGAGUUUGUGCUCCUCAAGAAGGAUGUAGAUGGCGCCUACAUGAACAAAGUUGAGCUGGAGGCCAAGGUUGACGCCCUUCAGGAUGAGAUUAACUUCCUCAGAAGUGUCUAUGAGGCGGAACUGCGCGAACUCCAGGGACAGAUCAAGGACACCUCAGUCAUUGUGGAGAUGGACAACAGCCGCAACCUGGACAUGGAUGCAAUUGUGGCUGAAGUCAAGGCUCAGUAUGAGGCAAUUGCCAACAACACCCGUGCUGAAGCUGAGUCAUGGUAUCAGCAGAAGUACCAGGAGAUGCAGACCAGCGCAGGCCAGGCCGGAGAUGACCUUCGCAACACUAAGACUGAGAUUGCUGAGCUCAACCGUAUGAUUAGCCGCCUCCAGAAUGAGAUCGAGGCAGUCAAGGGACAGCGUGCCAACCUGGAGGCCCAGAUCGCUGAAGCUGAGGAGCGCGGUGAGCUGGCUGUGAAGGAUGCCAAGGCCCGCAUCAAGGACCUGGAAGAGGCCCUGCAGAGAGCCAAACAGGACAUGGCCCGUCAAGUCCGUGAAUACCAGGAGCUCAUGAACGUCAAGCUUGCUCUAGACAUUGAGAUUGCCACCUACAAGAAGCUUCUGGAAGGAGAGGAAUCCAGAAUUGCCUCUGGUGGAACUGCAACCAUCCAUGUACAGAGCACAAGCAGCAGCUUCGGUGCUGGUGGAGGAGGUGGCAUGGGUAGUGCUGCUGGCUACGGUGGUGGCAUGGGCAUUGGCGGCGGAAUGGCCAUUGGCGGCGGAUCUGGUAUGUCCUUGUCCAUGUCCAGUGGAGGUGGCUACGGCAGUGGCGGUGGCUACAGUUCUGGCGGCUACAGCUCUGGCGGCUACAGCUCCAGCAGCAUGAGCAUAAGAAACAGCCGCCGUUUCUAAAAACAGCAGUUGUCUUUACUUCCAUUCUUCCUCCUCCCUCAUUUUGUUCUCCUCCUCUUGCCCCACUCAUAAAAGUUUCUACAAACCCCUACCACCUCUCUUCCUGCAGACACAGAGCAGCCUCAGAAAGAUGCUCCAUUUGACUAUUUACAGCUAGCAGAUCUAUGUAAUGGUACAGCUCUCUUUGGCUUUUAGUCCCUUUGUUGCUGCUCUUUGGCACCACCCACAGAGAGUCAGAGAUUAUGUCCAAGUACAAGUAGAAGCAGAGAGAUUAUUAGACUGGAAAAACAAAGAGCAGCAGAGAUAUGAGUCAGUCCUCUCUCUUGUUCAGUCAGCCAGGCUGUCUUUUGGUUGCUGGAUGUGCUGUUGUGUAGACAAGAGGAUACUUGUAGUGUCACAACAGAGAAUCCUUACAAAGCAACAAUUAUUGCACACAAAAUGACAACAGCAGAUCUAAGAUUAGCACAAGGAGGUGUGGAUGUUGUGCUUUGUCUUCAGAUUAUAAAGCAUACAUGGCAGGCAACCGUAUGGGGUCACACCUCUCUCAAACGUCUCCUCUGUUGUCACACACCUGUCAUCUUGUUGUGCAUUUUGACAUCAUCAAAACCAGCCACAUAUAACACUGUCACAUUAGAUUUUUGGGAUCCUCUUUUUCUUCUCCUGUUUUGAGAGAAAAUGAGCUCUCCACCUCAGUAUAUAAAUGGUGUUCAUUCCUUUACUUCCAUUUUCACUCUGAAUAAAAACAUGGUUAAGGCUGACUGGGACAACCAGAUUUAUUGUGAAUUUGUACCACCAACAUGUCUGGAAUAAAUCUGCAUUCAUACUCA